GAAGAGAUUCUAAUCUAUUUGCUUGGAUAAUCUGUGUUUGUUGUUGGAGUUGAAAUAAAUCGAUAUAUUUUUAUUGCUACAAUAUUUAUAUCGACGUUUAUUCUUUGACUAUAUAUUGAUUAUAUAGUCAAAGCGUUUAUUAAUCCAUUACCAGCCUAACGUAUAAAUAUGGAUAGUUCGGUGGUCUACGGUUUGAACGAUGUGGUCCAACUCGAUAAGGGCCAGUUUGAUAGUGAGAAUCCGUUAGAUUCGCGAGAAGAAGUCGACGACACCUCGCAUGGUGAUGAGGAACAACGUGAAAAAUUGAUACGACUGCCCCUGGGAAGAAUAAAAACCAUCAUUAAAAUGGAUCCCGAAGUUAGUUUGGUUAAUCAGGAGGCUGCGUUUCUGGUAGCGAAAUCAGUGGAGUUUUUUAUUGAGUCGCUUACAAAGGAAGCUUAUAAAUAUACUGCACAAGCGAGGAAAAGGACUAUUUUAAAGCGUGAUGUAGAAAGUGCCAUUGAUAAUGUGGAUGCGCUUGUAUUUUUGGAAGGUAUGCUCGAUUGAUCGCAACAUAAUUAUUAUCUAUUAUAUAUAUAUAUAUAUAUAUAUAUAUAUAUAUGUGUGUAUGUAUAUAUAAUAGAAUAAGUGUUAGUACAAUAAUGGAGACAAUAGUGAUAUUUUUACAUUUGCAAGGAUUGUGUGUGAAUAUGGUUCGUCAUUGCAAAAAAUUUUUUUUAUAUUGUACAUGUAUGAAAAUAUUUAAGUGCUCUUUAAUGUAUCUAAAUAUAUCUAAUAAGUGACCUAAAUAUAAUAAAUAAAUAAUAUUGUGAACAUUUUUUUCAUCUGCCAAAAUUGGUUGAUCUCCGCUGAAUUUCUUUUGUAUUGUCAACUUAAUUAAAAUUUUAUAAGUGCAAAAUGAAA